AUGGCGUCUCCGUCAUGGGUCCCCGACCACCCCAAGCGAGAUGCCCCACGUCAACAUCCGCCAGCUGCAACCUUGGACCACCUGCUGCCAUCGGCGCCCUGCCAACCCCUCCACCUAGAAAGCCAGCCGGUUAUGGGCUACCCUUCAACAAUCGGAUUCCCGCACCCUUACCACAAGCCGCUGCCACCGCUGCAGCCCUCCCCUGAUCCUACCGGGAGAUUCGCCGGCCCAGGCUUUGCUUGCGGCAUGCUGGAAGUGCUUGUCAUGUUCGCCGUCCUCCUGUGCACGAUCAACAUCAUCUUCAACGUGGUCAUGCGGCCCAAGCCACCCGUCUUCACGGUUGAUUCGCUCUCGGUCUCCGACUUCAACGUGUUGGGCUCAGUGUUGAUGGCGAACUGGGAGACGAGCGUUGCUGUGGACAACCCCGACAGCAGGCUGGAGGUCCGGUUCGAUGAGAUACGGUGCUUCUUGUGUUACGGAGACCCGCAGUACUAUCUGGCGUGGACGACGAGGGAGCCAUUCUCGGUGGGGACGAAGGGCAGGGGCAAGAUCUACUUGAGGAUGGCGAUAAGUAGGCGGAGGGGCGGCAGGUGUAAAAUAUGGGCUUUAAAUUGA